AUGAUGAAUAUAUCUACACGUUGUCAAGGAGCUUUUAUUGGACAUGCUAUUGCAUCACAAUAUGAUCCAUCGACAUUAAUGGCAUUAAAUGUUAGUGAAAGUCUUCUUGAAUGUCAAAAAUUUGAUGGACCAGAUAUUUUAUCAAGACAUCUUUAUUUAUAUCAUACAAAAAAAUGUGAAAUUGGUGAAAUAACAAAAUUUAUUUAUCAGGAAUUAAUAAAACGUAAUGGUUCACAAUCGACUCUUACUCUUGAAAAUUUUCGUUUUGAUCAAUCAAUGAUUGAUGAAAUUGUUAAAUUAGCUGAUGAAAAAUUCGAUGGUCAUACAGCUGCUUGUAGCCCAGCACAACGUUCAUAUCCACUUGCUUUUUGUCAAUAUAUCUCAGAUGAUGAUUUAUUUGAUUUCACUAUGCUCGAAGCCAAAUUAACUCAUUAUAGUCCAAUUGCAGGUCAAGUAGCUGGUAUUAUAAAUCUNAACUUUUUCUUUCGCCGAAAAGUUCACCCCUGGUCCUCCUGA